AUGACGCUCUUUAUCCUUACCGAAACCAGCGCGGGCUAUGCCCUGCUCAAGGCGAAAGACAAGAAGCUCCUGAAGAGAGAUGAUCUGGCCACUGAGGCUGCUACUGCAGAGGGUGUUUCGAAUCUGGUGAAGUUGAAGAGCUUCCAGAAAUUCGACAGUGCUGCCGCCGCUCUGGAGGAAGUUGCGUCGCUUGUUGAAGGAAAGGUUACUCCUCGUCUCGCCAGUCUGCUGGACGAAAUCAAGGAUGAGAAGAAGGUUUCUUUGGCCGUUGCCGAUCCUAAGCUCGGUAACGCCAUCGGCAAGCUUCCUGGUCUCGACAUUCAAUUGAUCGCGGACUCGACCACCGCCGACAUCUACCGUGCCAUCCGUGAACAUCUUCCCACACUGAUUCCUGGCCUUCUCCCCCAGGACAUGUCCACCAUGUCCCUUGGUCUAUCCCACUCUCUUGCCAGACACAAGCUCAAGUUCUCCCCUGAUAAGAUCGACACCAUGAUUGUCCAAGCCAUUGGUCUGUUGGAUGACCUCGACAAGGAGCUGAACACCUACGCUAUGCGUGUGAAGGAAUGGUACGGCUGGCAUUUCCCUGAAUUGGCCAAGAUCCUGAACGACAACAUCGCCUAUGCCAGACUCGUGCUGAAGAUGGGCAUGAGAUCCAACUGGGAGACCUCAGAUCUCGCUGAGAUCCUCCCCGAGGAGCUGGAGGGACCUGUCAAGGCCGCUGCUGAUCGUUCCAUGGGUACUGAGAUCAGCCAGGACGAUCUGGAGAACAUCCAGGCCCUGGCUGAGCAGGUUGUUGGUUUCGCCGAGUACCGCCAGCAGCUUGCAGGCUACCUCACUGCCCGUAUGAAUGCCAUUGCGCCCAACUUGACCGCCCUGGUUGGCGAUUUGGUUGGCGCUCGUCUCAUUGCACACGCUGGAAGCUUGACCAACCUCUCCAAGAGCCCCGCCAGUACCAUCCAGAUUCUCGGAGCCGAGAAGGCUCUGUUCCGUGCCCUGAAGACCAAGCACGACACGCCCAAGUACGGUCUGAUCUACCACGCUUCUCUUAUUGGUCAGGCUACCGGUAAGAACAAGGGCAAGAUGGCCAGAGUUCUGGCUGCCAAGGCCUCUCUGGGUAUCCGUGUUGAUGCCCUUGCCGACUGGGAGGACGAUGCCACCGAGGAGGACAAGGCUGCUCUGGGUACCGAGGCCAGAUACAACCUUGAGCGCAAAUUGGCUGCCAUGGAGGGCAAGCCCCUCAAGCCUCGUGGUGUUGCCAUUGCGCCCAACGGUGCCUCGGCGCAGCCCAAGAAGUUCGAGCUCAACGAAGCUAGAAAAUACAAUGCUGACGCUGAUGCUCUUUCCAGCGAUGAGCCCAAGUCUAAGAAGGACAAGAAGCUCAUCGAGGAGGUUUCGGACGAGGAGAUGGCCGAUGCUGAUUCCGACGAGGAGCCCGCAGCGAACGGAACCAAGGAUGACGAUUCAUCCGACGACUCUGAGGAGGAAAAGAGCAAGAAGCACAAGUCCAAGAAGGGCAAGGACGCCGAGCUUGAGAAGCUGGCCGAGAGGGCCGGUCUCAGCCUCAAGCGGUACAAGCGCAAGCUGGAGCGUGGCGAGAUCACCUUCGAUGCCGACGGAAACCCCACCGCUGUCAGCAAGAAGGACCUGAAGAAGGCCAAGAAGGAGGCCAAGAAGGCAUCCAAGGGUGACGAGAAGAAGCGUAAGCGCUCAGACGAUGGUGAGGAGGUCGACAACGCAGAGAAGAAACAGAAGAAGAAGAAGAAGAAGGGUGAAGAGUAA